AUGGUCUGUGACAAGGCUGUUGGGGCAAACGCUAUUGGAGCAAAAGCCGUUGGAGCAAAAGCCGUUGGAGCAAAAGCCGUUGGAGCAAAAGUUAUUGGAACGACGGCUGCUGGACAGGAGGCGGUUCUUGCAGCAGCCCGGCCCGUGGUUGGGUACCGAAAUGACGAGGAGGACGAGUACAUUGGUAGCACACCCAUUGGCUUGCGGUCGGAUGGUGAGGCACUAAAGUCAAUGAUGUCGUCUGAGAGGUCGAUUGGGAGAUCGACUGAGAGGUCGACUGGGAAAUCGACCGGCAGGUCAGAACGGUCCCGCGCGAGACGUGAAAGGCAAGGCGGCGUGGUGGUCCUUGGUGACUCAUGUUACGAGUUUGAGGCGCCAGCGAUGGACUCAAGUGAGUACAGCGACGACGCGGUCCUGUCGCCAGCGUUGCACCUGAGGGUACCAGAGUUGGCGCACUUGGGCAUGAUGGACCAGACGGGCGGGUCGCCAGCGGCGGGGACUUUGGCUGUGAUUGCACAAGGGGCGCGAAAGGCGCAUUUUGAAGAGGCUUACCGCGACGAACAAAAGAAGCGCGCCGAAACCUGCAACACCAGAGUCGCCGCCAGGCGGACUCCUGCUACUGCCACCGUCGCCAGUCCUCCUAGACCCAAGACACUUCGACCCGGACCUAAAACUACCGAAAUGGCCCUGGCCAAGUGGAGCCCUAUCUCCUCCGGAGGCUGCACCCCCUUCGGCAGUCCAGGGCGCCGGAAGAGCCAGGGGCCCGCCGUCUCCCCGUCGCCUAUCGGUGCCAAGUCGCCCAUUACCCAUGGGUCUCCGUCGCCCCUCGAGAGCAGGGCACCCAUGCAGGCUGCAGGAACACAACCUAUAGGCAUGGCAGGGGUGACAGACGUGGGAGGGGCGACAGCCAUCGGAACGGCGGCCGUCUGGACUGGACAGAGAGGAGUAUUGGGCCUUGGAACUUUCGGCGAGUCAGUGAAACCUGUUUCCGUCUUGAAGGACCGCGCUGGCGACACUGCCGGCGGCACUGCUGGCGGCAUCGUUGGUGACACCGCUGGAGACCUCGAGGUUCGGACUGGCGCCUACCAUUCCGAGUCAGUGUUUGACAGCAUUAGGCAAUUGAAGAGCGAGUUUUUUGUGCACGCGGAGAACAAGGAUUGCACCGUGCCGCAUGGUAUCUUGGAGCGGUUGCAGCAGGAAGUAUUAGGUGUGUUUGAGCGGUUGAAAGUGGACCCGAUGUUUGUGGUGACUAGGCGAUUGGGUGCGACGGCUUCAGCAGCGGAAUUAGCGGGUUUGCGGUCGAUGAUGAGUCGUGCGGAAUUUCUGAAGGCUACAAGUAAGUUGCCGGGAGUGCCGGAUGUGUUGGUAGAGCGGGACACGCCGUGGUGGAUUUGCAAGCAGGCGGCGCAGCACAAGCAGAGCUCGCUCGAGGCGAUUGACAGUUUCAUCAAUGACAUAAAGGUGGGUGAGACGGGCGGGCGUGAGUUCGUGAAGGGUCCGGUGAAGGAUGCGGCUGCAUUGCCCGUUGUGCUCUACGGCUGUGGGGCUCUGGAUGCGUCGUAUGCUUCGCGAUUGCGAAACGACCGGAACAAUUGGAAGUUGAGUUGCGACUGUAUGUUGCCCGUGUACGUCAAGUGUGUAUGCAUCCCCAAAGGUCCUGAGAUGGUGCACAGUGAGGCCGAGUUGGCGGAGCUGCUGCCGAUGGUGGACGAGCUGGCCAGCGAUUACAGGACGCAUUUGAUCCGGUGUCAUUACCAAAUGACUUUAAGGUACCAAUCCUUCAUCCCGGUGGUGGGCAAGGCUGACAAGGCGUUGUUGAAGAAGGCGGGCUGGAACGAAAUGGAGUUCAAUGGAGGCACUUGCAAGAUCCGCUGGCGCACCAUCGCGGGCGGCCUCAUUCUCAGCUACAUGGACGGCUAUGCUGAAUGUCCCACCAACAAGGUCAUGUGCCUCACUUUCGACGCAGACAACCACAUCAAGUGGAUACCUUUCCUAUCAGAGACCAAACGACUCUUCGCCACCCAGCCACUUGGACUCUGCUUUGGCUACAAGGUCGCCUUGCCCUGGCCCAUGUCCAGCAGGGAACUUACCGUUUACGGCAUGGCCGCCGACGCCCUCAAGGUGCCCGGCCUCAACGCAGUCCAAAUGUGGUGCUUCAACAACCCCAAGGCCGCCACCUCUCUCAUGGGCGUGCCGCUGCCCGCUAUGAACCCCAAAGCUGUCGACAUGGAAAUACCCGCCCUCGCAUUCGCCCUAUCUACCACGGGGAGCAGAACCAGGGUGCAACUUUGCGCCGUAUUCGACGUCAAGGUCAACUUCCUACCUAUGACCGUCCAAAAUCACUUGGCAAAAUUAAUGGCAACAAAAAUGUUCGGCAACGUCCAAACUAUCGCCAAGGACUUUGACAAAUCUGAUUAUAAAAAAGUAUACGAAAGAAAUCAUGAGUUCUUUGGUAAGUGCUUUCAUAGUGAUUGA